AUGGGACAGUGUCAGAAUGACGCACUGCAUCAGAAAGACAUGGGACAGUGCCAGAAUGAUGCACUGCAUCAGAAAGAGAUGGGACAGUGUCAGAAUGACGCACUGCAUCAGAAAGAGAUGGGACAGUGCCAGAAUGACGCACUGCAUCAGAAAGAGAUGGGACAGUGUCAGAAUGACGCACUGUAUCAGAAAGAGAUGGGACAGUGUCAGAAUGACUCACUGCAUCAGAAAGACAUGCGACAGUGUCAGAAUGAUGCACUGAAUCAGAAAGAGAUGGGACAGUGUCAGAAUGACGCACUGAAUCAGAAAGAGAUGGGACAGUGCCAGAAUGACGCACUGCAUCAGAAAGAGAUGGGACAGUGCCAGAAUGACGCACUGCAUCAGAAAGAGAUGGGAGAGUGUCAGAAUGACGCACUGCAUCAGAAAGACAUGGGACAGUGUCAGAAUGAUACACUGCAUCAGAAAGACAUGGGACAGUGUCAGAAUGACGCACUGCAUCAGAAAGACACACUGCAUCAGAAAAUCAUGGGACUGAAUGACACACUGCAUCAGAAAGACAUGGGACAGUGCCAGAAUGACGCACUGCAUCAGUUAAGACAUGGGACAGUGUUAGAAUGA